GUCAAAAACGUGUCUCUUUAACUUUGAUUGUAGUCUCAUUUGAUUUGCCAUCAAAUUAUGGAGCAAGGGUCAUCUUCUGAAAAUCAUGAGAAUGGAGUUGCCUCUCCAAGAAGUUACCCUGCUACUUCAAGUCCAGUUCGGGACUUGCCUGCAUUUGAGGAUGAAUCGGAAUUAAUUGGUGGUGUAGGAGAUGAACAAGAUGCCAUGGAGGAAGAUGGGGAAGAAUUGUUUGGAGAUAACUUAGAAGCAGAUUAUCGAGCGAUUCCUGCUUUGGAUCAGUAUGAUCCAGAUGUGUUGGAUGAUUCCGAGUACAGUGCCCUGUCCGAGUCUGACCGUCGUGCUGCUGAAGAAGAAAUGAGAGCGCGCGAUCGUGAUGAAGGCCGUCCUACUGGGCGUAUGAGGCGUGGCUUGCUUUUUGAUGAAUCUGAUGAUGAGGAGGACAGACCUUCUAGGCGACGACGUCUAGCUGAAAGAGCUGCUGAAGGAGUACCAAUGGAUGAAGAAAUGAUUGAAAGUAUCGAAAAUUUGGAAGAUAUGAGAGGACAUACUGUCAAAGAAUGGGUUUCUUUAAUAGGCCCCCGAACAGAGAUUUACAAUCGCUUCAAAAAUUUCUUAAGAACCUUUGUUGAUGAUAAGGGCCACAACUUGUAUCGGGAAAAAAUUCGGCAAAUGUGUGAAGAUAACAGGCAAAGUUUCGAAGUCGAUUACAAUAUCUUAGCAGCUGAGGAACAAGUUUUAGCCUACUUUUUACCAGAAGCUCCUGUUGAAGUUCUCAAUGUUUUUGAUGAAGCAGCUAAAGAUGUGGUGUUGAGCAUGUACCCCCAGUAUGAAAGAAUCACUAGUGAAAUUCAUGUGCGUAUUACAGAUCUACCUCUUAUGGAGAAUAUUAGAAGUCUAAGGCAAUUGCAUCUGAAUCAGCUUAUCCGUACAUCAGGUGUGGUUACUUGUGCAACUGGUGUUCUUCCUCAGCUAUCCGUUAUCAAAUAUGAUUGUAUCAAGUGCCAUUACGUACUUGGACCUUUCAUUCAGUCAUAUGAUAAUGAAGUGAAACCAGGCACUUGUCCUGAGUGUCAGAGUAAUGGGCCUUUUCAAAUAAAUAUGGAACAGACUCUUUAUAAAAACUACCAAAGAAUUACUAUUCAAGAGAGUCCUGGAAAGAUAGAUGCUGGCAGAUUACCUAGGUCAAAAGAUGCCAUUUUAUUAGGAGAUUUGUGUGAUAUGUGCAAACCGGGAGAUGAAGUUGAAGUCACAGGUGUCUAUUCCAACAGCUAUGAUGGGUCUUUAAAUACUUCAAAUGGAUUUCCUGUGUUUGCAACUGUUAUCAUGGCUAAUCAUGUCGCCAAAAAGGAUAAAAUUAUAUCCCAAGGGCUUACUGAUGAUGAUAUUAAAGCAAUAAUUACUUUAGCUAAAGAUGACAGGAUUGGAGAUAGGAUAAUUGCAAGCAUUGCCCCUUCUAUUUAUGGUCAUCAUGACAUCAAACGGGCCAUUGCUUUGGCAUUAUUUGGUGGUGAACCCAAAAAUCCUGGUGGGAAGCAUAAAGUUCGUGGUGAUAUCAACAUUUUAGUCUGUGGAGAUCCUGGAACUGCUAAAUCUCAGUUUUUGAAAUACACUGAAAAGAUUGCUCCUCGAGCUGUGUACACUACCGGACAAGGAGCAUCAGCUGUUGGUUUGACUGCAUACGUACAAAGAAGUCCAAUUACAAAAGAGUGGACAUUAGAAGCUGGUGCACUUGUUUUAGCUGACAAGGGUGUUUGCAUUAUUGAUGAGUUUGAUAAGAUGAAUGAUCAGGAUCGAACCAGCAUCCACGAAGCGAUGGAACAGCAAAGUAUAUCCAUUUCCAAAGCUGGUAUUGUCACAUCCUUGCAGGCAAGAUGUGCCGUAAUAGCUGCUGCUAACCCUAUUAAUGGACGUUAUGAUCCUUCUCUAACAUUUUCUGAAAAUGUAAAUUUAACUGACCCAAUUUUGUCAAGAUUUGAUGUGCUGUGCAUUGUGAGGGAUCAAAUUGACCCUGUUGAAGAUAAACGUCUAGCAAAGUUUGUCAUCCAGAGUCAUGUAAAUCAUCAUCCUGGUAAUGAAAAUGUGGAUAGGACAAAUCUGCCUGAACUGGAGGAUCCAUUAAUGGCUGGAAUCGAAAAAAUACCUCAAGAUCUGUUGAGAAAGUAUAUAAUAUACUCUAGGGAGAAGGUGCAUCCUAAGCUACAAAUUGAUCAAAAGAAGGUGGCGGAUCUGUACAGUGAACUCCGAAGAGAAAGUAUGACUACUGGUAGUGUUCCAGUGACAGUUAGACAUAUUGAAUCCUUGAUUAGGAUGGCUGAAGCCAAUGCACGUAUGCAUUUAAAGGAUUAUGUCCAGGAAGAUGAUGUUAAUAUGGCUAUUCGAGUUAUGCUUGAAAGCUUUAUUGACACUCAGAAAUUUAGCGUCAUGCGUUCUAUGAAGAAGACCUUCUCACGUUAUCUGUCUUACAAGCGUGACAACAAUGAGCUACUGUUAUUCGUCUUGAGACAGUUAAUUCAGGAACAAAUAGCUUAUAUGCGAAGUCGCUUCACUACAGAUAUUGAAUCUGUUGAAAUACCGGAAAAAGAGCUACAGGAGAAAGCACGUCAAAUUGACAUUCACAACCUGGCUUCAUUUUAUGGAAGCAACUUGUUUAGUGCCCAUAACUUUUUGCAUGACAAAAGGAGAAAAGUAAUAGUGCAAAGGAUUUCAAGGGAUAGUUAAAUGAACAUUCCAGUUAAAAUCAACUUGUAAACUUGUAAAUUUUAACUAUUACCUUUAAGAGU